AUGCUCAAGCCGAAUUACUUCUCUGCCCACUUAACGAUUUUGAGAAUCUUCGGUCUGUGGUCUUACAAGGAUUCGGGAUCGCAAUCAAGCUCGCCAAAGUCGUUUCUCUACUCCGUCUACCAGGCGAUCUUUCUCUUCACUUUUGCAUACCUCUUCACGGUCCUUGAAAUAAUCGAGCUUCGUUUCUCCUGGAAGAACUUUGACGACUUUAUCAGCAACCUCUGCUAUGCAAUUGUCCACAUAAUGGCGUGCUUGAAGAUAUCAUUGAUCCUAGCCAGAGAGAGUGACAUCCGGAAAAUCAUCAGCAGCUUCGAAAAUGGGAUUCUUCAAAUUCGUCCUGGGGAAAAAACUCACGAGGAAUAUCAACUCGUUUCGCAACGCGUUCAUCGCACCAGGAAAUUGCUCGUGAUUUACUUCUUCAUCGGCACAUCUGUCGUCAUCAAUGGCCUCUUAUGUCCGCUCUACAGUUCCUCCGAUUCUAUGAAUCACGAGCCGAAGGAAAAAAAUCUAACCAUCAUGGAACCUGAUCGAAGGGUGAUUUCUCGGGACUAUAACGAAAGGGUUUCACGGAAGCUGCCGUACAUGAGCUACUUUCCCUUCGACGUUGGAGUGACGCCUUACUACGAACUCGCCUACGUCUACCAAGGAAUCAGUCUGAUGACGUUGAGUCCGAUAAUCGUUACGACCGACGUUCUUUACGGCAGUAUUCUUCUGCACAUUGCUACCCAGCUCAGUAUUCUCGCCCGGACAUUGAUCUCCGUUAGAUCAAUCGGGGCCAAUAGAUUGCGUCGAAACGACGCGUACCAAACUCGUUGUGAACCUUGGAAAUUCGACAAUCCCGAAAUUUUUUGGAGGAAACAAUUGGACGCGGAAAUUUAUCGUCUGUUGAAAAAUUGCGUUGAACAUCAUCGCGCCAUCAUCAGCUUGACCGAGAAUAUGGAGGAUAUAUUCAGCACACUUGUUUUACUACAGUUUCUCAGCAAUUUGGUAAUCAUGUGUUUUCCACUCUUCCAAAUUACCUCGGUACCCAUAAUGAGUUUUCCAUUUUUCUCUAUGGUUUCCCUGAUGACUGCAAUGAUGUACCAGCUAUUUAUAUUCUGCAAUUGCGGCGACGAACUUACCCAGCAAAGUCUAUUGGUAGCCGAUGCUGCAUGUUUUUGCGAUUGGUACGAAUUCUCAUCGGCUGAAAUGCGUCGUGCCCUCUUGUCGAUCGUUCAGCGAUCUCAGAAGCCCCUGAGACUAACAGUUGCAAAAUUCGCCGCACUUUCACGCGAGACUUAUCUCAAGGUCGUUCAAGGAUCCGCAUCGUAUUUUAUGUUCCUGCGUAAACUGCAUCAUGCGAACGACGACGACGAGGCCAACGACAACGACGAGCAAUAAAUCCGGAUUAGAUAAGAAUAGAGAGUGUAAAACU